CGUGGGUUCUAGAAAGGGUUUGGGGCUGUUGACUUGGCAGCCACUCGUCUUUCACCUUCCCGGCGUGCCCCGCGGCUCAUGAGGCAAAUCCGGGAAGCUUCAAGUGACAGCGUGUCCCGUCGCGCUUGUGACCUGAGGUGUUAGGAUGGCGGCCCCGGCCCCUGUUCUCUGCCUCUUCGACGUCGACGGGACCCUCACCGCCCCGCGACAGAAAAUCACCAAAGAAAUGGAUGACUUUCUGCAAAAAUUGAGGCAGAAGAUAAAAAUUGGAGUAGUUGGAGGCUCAGACUUUGAGAAAGUACAGGAACAGCUGGGAGACAAUGUGCUUGAAAAAUAUGAUUACGUCUUUCCAGAAAAUGGUUUGGUAGCAUACAAAGAUGGCAAAUUUCUGUGUAAGCAGAAUAUUCAGGGUCAUCUGGGUGAAGACCUAAUCCAAGAUUUAAUCAACUAUUGUCUGAGUUACAUUGCCAAGAUUAAGCUGCCAAAGAAGAGGGGCACUUUCAUUGAAUUCCGAAAUGGGAUGUUAAAUGUGUCUCCUAUUGGAAGAAGCUGCAGCCAGGAAGAACGACUUGAAUUUUAUGAACUAGAUAAAAAAGAAAAUAUAAGGCAGAAAUUUGUGAGUGAUCUGCAGAAAACAUUUGAUGGAAAGGGGCUUACAUUUUCUAUAGGAGGCCAAAUAAGCUUUGAUGUAUUUCCUAAUGGAUGGGAUAAAAGGUACUGUCUGACACUUGUUGAAAAUGAUGGUUAUAAGAAAAUCUAUUUCUUUGGAGACAAAACCAUGCCAGGUGGGAAUGACUAUGAAAUCUACACAGAUUCCCGAACAGUAGGCUAUUCAGUGACCAGCCCAGAGGACACACAAAAAAUCUGUGAGGAGCUUUUCUUAUAGUCUUUUACUUCCUGACCUUAAGACUGAAAGAAACAAAGUCAUCUCAAAACUAGAGAAGAUAACAAGCCUCAGAAGACUAAUGCAUCACCAUUUCAAACUCAAGAAAUCCUCCUCUGCCCACCUCCAACAUUCACUUGGGCUUCGUAGCAUGUGUUGAAUUCCUGUGAGCAGUGGUCAGAAAAGAAAGAGAAACAUAUCUCUGCUCCUAAAUUAAAGUUAGAUCCCAUCUUUCAUCUUUUUAUCUGGAAAAACUGAGGAAACAGAAUAGUUCUGAUAUGUGGGUCCUAAUGCAACAGUUGACUCAAAGGAACAUCUAAGACAGUCUUUUCCCAUUUUCCAGAGCAAAACUAAGAUGCGUAAUUACAGUGUACAUUUGUCUCUUUGGAGAACUUCUUAUAAUGGAAAAGGAAAGGUGACAGUUUAGCUACAAGGUACAAAUUGACCCAGUAGGGCUCCUGUGACAGAACGGUUUUACAAACCCUUCCCAAAUUUAAAGUUGUGCACAUAAUUGGACCUCUAAAACAGCAGCAUAGUAUGGGAGACUGUUAGCUAAUGUUUCUUACGUGAAAAAUUGUGCAGUUCAAAACUUCAACCCACCACUCACUGAACGGAAGCUGCUCCUACUGACUUUGGGAAUUUUAUUAAGGCUCCUUGCUUUGCAAAAACUCCAUUAUUCAGGUUGAAUGACUUGUGUCCUCUUCUUAACCUCCAUUCCUUUCUGUGAAGCUGAUUUCAUAUGACCAGUCAGAUAAAUGGCUAGAUGACAGCCAGUAGAAAACCCGUCCCUCAGCCCGGCACUGCUGGAAACUCUGGAAUUGACUUCUAUUUGAACAGCACAGCUAGUUGGCCUGCUGUAUCACAAUAACAUCUGUCACUCACUGCCUUUGAUGGGAGAGAAUGGAGAACAUCUUGCUAGCAAGUGGUUGCUGAGGCCAGAAUAGCCUUCUUCUAGGAGCCUGCCCUCAUGGGCGCCUCAGUUUACAAAAUCCAAGCUGGUCUCUUGAACAAAACGGUUCUAGAAUUCUCCCCAGCCUUCAAUAACCUUGUUAUUCUUAGUUAGGCUGGCUGAGAAAUGCUUCUACCUCCUAGCUACUUUAAAAGGUAACCAAAAAAAAAAAGGCUAACUGACCAAUUAGCAAUGUGAAGUUUCUCAUCUUUUCUACUGUUAUUUAUUAGUCAAAGAUGCUAUCUACUAUUGAUAAACUCUCACAUAGGAUUGAAUACUUGCUUUAGAAGGAAUGGGAGCAUCUGUGGUUUCACUUAUUUUCAUUAACUGCUUCAGGACUUCCUUAUUUGAAUCUAAUGAAAAAUGGGACAAAAUCAGAAACCCCUUCAUCCGUAUUAUAACAUACUCCUAGUGAAUAACAAUUUUCCAGGAAAAAUGUACUGAUCUUUCCAAUGAGAUGGUUUAAAUGCCCUUUUAAAAAAAAAUCUUAAUAAAAGAAUAACACCUCAGGCACUUCCUCUCUUUGCUGCUGAUAGAGUUGAAGGAUAGGUAACCAUAACAGCAGCACUAGCACCAGCAGUCUACUGCCAGGACUUUGUACCAAUUAGAUUUCCUAUUGCCUCGCUUCCUCUCUAGUGCCAGCACUGGCAAAACUAAUUAAUAUCGAUGUGGCCCAUAGCAUGCAAGCAAGUACCAGGGAAGGGAAGACUAAGCCCUGCCUAGCUCCUGCUAUCACACUCCUAAGCAUAGGUCUGGUGAAAAGAUUGGGGGUGGGUGGGACCCAUGAAUGUUCUCUGCUCCCACUCAAAGUGUUGUACAUGGCAUUUCUGAUUAGUAAGUAACAGUCAGAAAAUGGGACCAAUGAAAAUCUUGUUUUCUUUAACACUGCAAAUGACAUGAUGAUGUACAAAAAGAUUUCUUUUCCAAAUCAAUAAAAUUUUACAGUUUUUAGCAAAAGCA